CGAAGUUGAGCUUACGCUCACUGGGCGUGAGCACGGAGAAUGCAGGCGCCGUUUUGGAGAAGGGAGCGUGUUGAUUACUACUAGGGUUUGAGUUCGACAGAGGCGGUUCUGGCGGUUGGAUAUGGAAAAUGGCGUAGAACUCCUCAGUGUUUUUAUUUAGCAGUUUGAAAUGGAGUCAUUAUAUCUUCAGAAAUACCUUGGAAAAUGUCUAACUCAGGGUCUUGCUGAAAUGGCAAGAAUUCGUCCAGUGGAUCCAAUAGAAUAUUUAGCAUUGUGGAUUUACAAGUAUAAGGAAAAUGUGGCUAUGGAACAACAGAAACAAAAGGAAAUGGCUGCGUUGGAACGUGAGAGAGCAUUGGCUCUGUUGGAACAGGAAAUGAUGGAGAGGCUCAAAGCAGAGGAGCUCUUGUUUCAGCAGCAACAGCUGGAAUUACAACUGGAGUUGGAAAUGCAAGAAAAAGAGAGACAGAGAAUAGAAGAGCUACGGAGAGCUCAGGAACAAUUAGAGCAGGAGAGAAAGAAUAUGGAAAAUAUGAGUAAGGGUGAAGAUGCUUCACAUUUAGAGGUGAGAAGGAAAAGUUAUUUUAGUCAGGAAGCAGCGGCUGACUCCAGCAAAACGCUAGCAGAGAUUAGUGAUCGGUAUGGAGCCCCUAACUUGAGCAGAGUGGAAGAACUCGAUGAACCAUUGCUGUCUGAUGAAAAGAGUCUUGGGUUCCCUGGAGAAAUAACUUCUGUGUCCUCCAGGCUGCUGGGCACUGUGCCGCCACAAGGAGACCCGUGUGCAUUCACACCCAUCGAGGCGGAUGUCUCAGGGAGCCCAGGGAGAUGACUUAUGAAUAGAG